AUGUCGAUCAAAAACGAGGCUACGAAGGAGGAGCCUCUGAGCCCCUGGCUCUCGUAUAUUAAUGUCGACGACAAUGACAUUUUCAGCUACAGCAAUGACGCCGAUCUCGGUGUUAAGUCAGACGAUGAUUGGGGAAGCGACCAUUCAGAGAUGCUUGAACCCGAGAAGCCGCACUGGCUCAAAACUGAGCCCACUGUGGCUCCUGAUAUUGUGACUGGGCCGACACCCACGAAAGAAGACCUGGCAAGCGAGGCUCAUGCAGACUCCAAGGCGGACUACCACGUCGAGGCCAAGCUGGAGGAUGUCGUCCCCGUCAAGUCGGAUGUGGAUAAGCAAGAGCGAGUGACUCUCAGGGACAAUGGCAAGAACAAGGAACUCUGGUCAGUCAACGAGGACCUUGGGAACCUGUGUCUUGGGGAUGUAGUGCUGAAGGAGGAGUCUUCCUCCAGCAUCGGUUCGGCUUCGCUUGACAAAGUCUUCGAUUCUGUCCUAUCUGAACGGUACAAUGACCACAGCUGGACGGAUCCCAGGGUGAUUCUCAGCGGGUCGUGCAGUACAUCGCCGCUGUCGGACACUACUCUCGAGUUCGACACUCCGCCGAACUACAUCAACAGCGCCUUGCUUAGGCGGUGCGGCCUUGCGGUUACGAAAGAAGAGCUAAUUGCGAAAGAGGUGCUGAUCGCUAAAGAAAAUUUGAUUGCCAAGGAGAAGCGAAUGGCGAAGGAGAAGCGGAUUGCCCAGGAGGAGAUGAUUGCGAAGAGGGAGCACAACGAAGCUGUCGGAAGUGAACUUCCCACUUUCUUCCCGCACGGCUAUGAGACCAUAGACAGCAUGCAGCAGACAGAGAGGCUCAAUGCCCUCAUUCACGCAGAGGCGUGCAGAACUGAGGCGAUGUACCAUAUGCAGGGCAUCUCGCCGAUGCUGCUUCAGGUCCAGCAGCAGAGCCCGUAUCUUUGGGAUGCCACCCCGGUGAUGCCGACAACGGCGGAAGAGUUGGAGUAUUGGGCGGCUCAGACGGCGAGCUACUGUGACCCGAUGGCGUCGCAGCAGGCGCAGUUUGCGCCUCCUUUCAAUACUGAGGAUAUGCGCGCGUUCUCGCCGGUGAUGCCGGAGAGCGGCAACCAGACGGACCUGCCGAUGUGUCAGCCGGUGACAGCCUCGCAGCCGCAGAUGAAGACUGAAGAACAACCGCAUUUGAUGUCGAUGGUGCCUUUGAUUCCCAUGGUGCCAAUGGUGCCAACGAUGGCAAGGAUGCCAACGGUGCCUGUGAUGGCCUCCUCCUUCCAGCCGAGCUACGAGGCCUGGGACAAGGAACCGCUCGACUAUCGCAUGAAUGCCACGCUGGUCUCGUCGACAUCGGCCCCCUGCCCAUCCACCAGCCGCACUCAGCUGCCGGGCUUCAAGGGAUCCGACUGUGAGAGCAGCGACGACAAUGGCGGAAACGACAGGAAGGCCAGAAGCACGAGCCAGACGACUGGAGCCAACGGUGCUUCGCCCAGACAAAAAAGUCCUAUCUACAAGACCCGUCGGGUGACGCGUCGCCAGCAGCAGCAGAAGGCGGGCAGCCUCGAGAAGAACGCCGAGAUGGCAUCGCGUGCUGGCGAGUCUUCGUGCCAGCCGUGUGCUGCUGGUCCCUCGUACCAGCACCGCGAGGCCGAGCCGUGGACGACGCUGCUUCCUCUCCGAUCCGCCGUCACUAUGGACGACAUUGCGGCCGCUGGGCUUGGCCAUCGGGACUGUCCUACCGGCCUCCAGCAGCAGACACAGUCGCUUGCGAGCCACCAGACGGCGCUGUCGCCAUCGGCCGAGUCGCUGCUCUCGGAGGCAAGCCAGAUGGCCCUGCAGAGCCAGAUGGAGGAUCGCCUGCGCAAGGACAACUUUCUGAUCGAGCAGAAGCGUGCUGGCCUCACGUACAAGCAGAUCCGCCGCCUGGGCGGCUUCCAAGAGGCCGAGUCGACGCUGCGCGGACGCCACCGCACGCUGACUAAGCCGAAGGAGGAAAGAGUCCGCAAGCCGGCCUGGACAGAGAUGGAUGACCAUCUGCUCCGCCGGGCCGUGCGUAAGCUCAGCCGUGGUCGCGACAGCGCAAAGGCCAAGAUCUCGUGGAAGGCUGUGGCGGACUAUAUUUACGACUGUGGUGGUUCGUAUCACUUUGGUAACACAACCUGCCGCAAGCGGUGGGACUCUCUGGUGGCGCACAACUGA